CUUUGGCUUUUUCUCUCUCUUUUUCCCCUGUCAAACGUAGCAAUAGCGAGAGCUUCUACAAUCAAACGACUGUAACAAAUUGAUGAAUUAAUGAUCAGAACGGUCAAGGGCUCACUUUCAACGUCUCGCUGUCUCAAAAAGAACAAUUUUUUAGUGAAGAAGAUGCAAGAAAUCUCCACUGCUGCUUUGAUUUCCGGACGAAGAUUAUUAGCUCAUAAUUACCGCAAAGGUAUCACUUUUCUUCCCUCUCUCAAUUUCAACUUCAACUUCAACUUCAGCCCAUUGUUGUCAGCUGAUAACAACAAUAUACUUCUGUUUCAUUCCCAAAUUUCAACUAACCCUAACCCUAACCCUAAUCCUCAUCCUCCCGAUCUGAGUCAACUACGGAAAUUACUGUCACAGAAAUCCAAAUUGGGUUUUGAUAAGCUCGAUGAUGCUCUUUCUUUAUUCCAUCGGAUGGUCCAAAUGCAACCCCUGCCUCCGGUUAUCCACUUCAAUCAACUGUUAAGUGGUAUUGCCAAAAUGAAGCAUUAUUCCUCCGUUGUUUCUUUGUUUAAAGAAAUACGCUUGUUGGGUAUUACGGUUGAUUUCUAUACCGUGAAUAUCGUAAUUAAUUGCCUUUGCCACUUGAAUAGUGUAGAUUAUGGGUUUUCUGUCUUAGGUAGCUUCUUCAAACUUGGUUUUGUACCGUCUGUGUAUACUUUCAGCACUCUAAUGAAUGGCUUCAUUCUAGAAGACAAGACUGGCAAGGCCAUGGAAUUGUUCAAUAAAUUGGUGAAAGAGGGAGAAAUCAAACCUAAUGGAGUUAUGUAUGGUACUAUUUUAAAUGGGCUUUCCAAGACAGGAAAUACUACAACUGCCAUAGGGAUUCUUAGGAGUAUGCGAAAAUGGAACUAUAAGCCUGAUGUUGUGAUGUAUAACAUAAUUAUUGAUGGUCUUUGCAAGGACAAAAAUGUAGAUGAUGCUUUGAGCCUCUUAGUGGAAAUGAACCAGCAGGAUGUUACACCAGACUUGAUCACUUACAACACGUUGAUUCACGGAUUAUGUAAUUUGGGCCGGUGGGAGGAAGCAACAAGAAUGUUGAGAGACAUGACAGGCAAGAAUGUUUUUCCAGAUGUUCUUACAUUUAAUACAUUGAUAAAUGCAUUCUGCAAGGAAGGGAUGGCAAAAGAAGCAGAGAAUGUUCUUGAAUUCAUGGUCCAAAGAGGUGUUGGUCCCAAUGUAGUCACAUACAAUACACUCAUGGAUGGUUAUUGCUUGCUAGGUCACAUGGACAGAGCAAUAGAAGUCUUUCAUUCCAUGGUGGAUAAGGGCAUUGAACCGAACAUUCUUUGCUAUAACAUUUUGAUCAAUGGAUAUUGCAAAAAUAUGAAAAUUGAAGAGGCCAUGAAUGUUUUCCGUGAAAUGCCUCGUAAAGGAUUGAAACCGACAAUUGAUACUUACAAUACUAUGUUGCAGGGAUUGUUUGGGGUUGGUAGUUGUUCUACUGCUCAAGGACUUCUGAAUGAGAUGCAAGCUAAUGGUCAGUCUCCAGAUUAUUAUACUUAUUGUGUCCUACUGGAUGGAUUAUCCAAGAAUGGCCGUAUUGAUGAAGCAUUGUUGUUAUUCCAAGAGCUGGAAUGUAGUGGCAUAAAUCCUGGUAUUACUAUGCACAAUAUAUUAAUUGAUAGAUUGUGCAAAGAUGGGAAGCUUGAGGUGGCAAGGAAUCUAUUUGGUAAGCUUGAUUCUAAAGGUUUGCUGCCUGAUGUUCGCACUUUUACUAUGAUGAUAGGUGGAUUUUGUGAACAGGGGCUAUUGGGUGAGGCAAAUGAUUUACUUGUGGCGAUGGAAGGGACGGGUUGUAUGCCUAAUCAUGCAACUUACAAUGUUAUGGUCCGUGGAUUCCUUAAAGCAAAUGACUACACUGAAGCAAAUAUACUUGCAGAGAAAAUGAUUGGGAGGGGCUUUUCAGCAGAUACAUCUACUUUGGCU